AUGGGGUCGUCGUUUCCCAAACAGCGAAACGCGUACCUCCUCGAAAGCCACACUCAAAAGGUGACAUCUGAAAAGACACCACACAACCCAAGCGACACGACGGGUCCGUACACCCUCUGGAGGCUUAGAAGCCCCUUCGCUCUUACAUCACUCGAUGCUUGGGGGGCAAGUGCACUAGCCAGCCGAGUUGCCAACUUGUCCUUCACCAAGCUGCCUACUCGGUACCACCCCCAUCUUGAAGCGAACAACCUGCGAACCAGUGGAGGCUCACCAAUCUCAUUGGAGAGAUCGUCACCGAUCCAAUCUCAGGGUGUUCCUGUUGCCUGCAGGACCCGUAGCAAGAGAAGGGUAGUUGGGAGUGGUUUGAGAAUGAGAGUGAAGAGGAGAAAGGUGGAUGGACGUGUUGUUGAUUUGAUUUGUUUGGAUGAUGAAGAGGGUCCAAGUGAGAAAAUUGAAUUGGGGUGUGGCGCUUUAUCUUCAUCCGGUGAUUUACUCGAGGAGGGUUUUGAGUAUUUGGGAGAGAGUGAUGAUGAUCCUGAAGAGGUGAUUGUUGUUGGUGACAGUGAUGUUGGGAGUGAUGAGGAAAAGGGGUUGAGGCAUUGUGAGAAGAUGUUUGAGGGUAAAGAAGAAAAGGAGUGUAAAGAGGAAAAGGUUAACUUUGAGGAUGAUGAGUACGGUGGUAGACGUGAAAAACCGGUUGUAAUGACGCGAAAUAGUGAGAGUGAGGGUGAAAGUUGUGGUUCAGAUGAAAGUGAUAGUGAGGAUGGGGAAACCAGUGAUGAGGAUUUUCGGGUUGAUGAUGAUGGGGUGGAGAUUGAAUGCUCGAGCAGUGAGGAGAGUGAUUCUUCUUGUGGUGAUGAUGAUGAUGAAGAUGAGGAUGAUGAGGAUGAUAGUGAUGAUAAUGAUAAUGAUGAUGAUGAUGAGAGGGGGGAAUACAACAAGAUAGUGAAGGAGAGGGUGAGUAAGGUGGAAAGUGGAUCUGAAAGUGUUGGGAUAGAAACAAAAUCUGACACAAAUCAAAUGCAAAAUAACUCAUCAGAAAAGAUGGUGAAGGAGAGGGUGAGAAACGUGGAGAGUGCAACUGAAGGCAGUGGAGUUUGGAGAAGAAGAAAAGUUGAAAGGAAAGAUAAUGAGCAGGUAGAUGAGGAGGAAGAGCGAGAGGAAUGGAUUGGUCCUGAUUGUGCUAGUGCGACCUCUUGUAAAUCUGCGUUUGCUAAGGAGGAGAGACUGAAAGCAGAAGAGAAGCAUGAAGCAAAGAGAGUUGAAAGUGUCAGUGCUGAUGCUGAAGUCUUUGUUGAUCACUUUCAAAAUUCUAGUAGUUCAACGCCUUCCGAGAAUGAAGCACUAAAUACAAGUCACCAAAGUGUGUCACUGCAGAAAGAGACCGGAGAUUCAGCUGUGGCCAAGAAGAGUGAGAAGAAUGAUAAUGUCCAUGCCAAUGCUAGUGUCUCUGUCGAUAUUGAAGAACAUGAUUCGGAGCCUGAAAGGGAGAUUGAUAUGUUGUGGGACGAAAUGGAUAGGAUGCUUCGAGAUGGAGAAACUGAGAUAGGAGAUCCACCUGUGGUCAAGAAGAGAAAUAAAAAUAAUAAUGCCAAUCCCAAUGCCAAUGUACAUGACUGCUUGAAUCUUGAUGAACAUGAAGGAAAAGGGCAUAAUCAUGCCAGAAGAAAAGGUGUGAGAAAUUUAUCAUCUUUUCAAAAAAUCCAAGAUAAGAUAGGAUAUUCAGCUGAAUAUGUAAUCAAGGAGGACAAGGGAAGGGCGCACAAAGAAUGGUUUAAUAGUCAUAAUCGUGAGAAGUUAAGAGUGGUGGAUGAUGACGAAACUAGAGACAGAUAUCAUGAAAUCCUAAGGAUGCCAUCAAGAACAAAGGACCAAGGUUUUAAAUUCUUUACUGAAUGCUUUUGGGGCAAGCAUGAUACUGUUAAAAAUGAUUCAAUCGAGUUCGAAGAAAAUGAUCAUGAUGUUGGUCAGAGUCAAACUCCCCCAUUAGUUUGUCGGGGUGAAAUUCCCUUGAAUUGGGACUUUAUGAAAGAAGAACCUAUUGAAAAAACAGAGUCUGAGAAGGAACUAGAUAUGUUGUGGGGUGAAAUGGAUAUGUUGCUUCGAGCAGAAGAAAUUGGGUUACAGGUUGGUAAUAUAGGGACAAAUGAAGCAAGCGAAAAUCCAGCCUCCCAUUGCAAGCAUGACACUAUUUUUAAUGAGGAGAUUGGGAUAUAUUGCAGAUGGUGUGGUUGGAUAGCUACGGAGAUCAAAUAUAUUACGCCACCAUUUGUGGAUUCUGAAAGAUCAGGUAGAAAGGGGUCAAACGGUGGAGCGAACACCCCACAAUUUGAUGGGGAUCUGUUUAAUGGUUCUGGAAAUGACUCAAAGGCAGUGUGGUCUCACGGCACAGUUUGGGACCUUAUUCCUGAUAUAAGACAAAGCUUGUAUCCUCAUCAACAAGAAGGGUUUGAGUUCAUUUGGAAAAACUUGGAUGGAAGCAUUGACCUUGCCAAGAUAAAGAGGGUUGGCCCGCCUUGUGAAGGUGGAUGCAUUAUUUCUCAUGCUCCUGGAACAGGAAAGACAAGGUUGACCAUGGUGUUUCUUCAGACAUAUUUGCAAGUGUUUCCAAAGUGUCUACCUGUUAUCAUUGCUCCUGCUAACAUAUUGCUUACUUGGGAAGAUGAGUUGAGGAAGUGGAACAUAGGAAUUCCAUUCCAUAACCUGAACAAUGCUGAUUUAUCAGGAAAAGAAUAUGCCAUAAAUAAAAUUGACUGGUCUGGCAAUCAACAGCAUAAUAAGGAUACCAUACGAAUGAUGAAGUUGUGUUCAUGGUACAAAGAAAAGAGCAUUCUAUUAAUCAGCUACAAUUUGUAUGAAAAGCUAGCAGGGGGAAAGUCUGAAGCUGAUGGUGAAAAAGAUAAGAAAAAUAGGAAGAUGAAAAAAGAGAAAAGUGCAGGGACUAGGGAGCACAUUGAAAAAAAUGCUUUGGGAGAGGUUCUGCGUGACAAACCUGGUUUGCUAAUUCUUGAUGAAGGGCACACACCAAGGAAUCAUCGUAGUUGCAUUUGGAAGGUUCUAUCAGAAAGUAGAACUCAGAAGCGAAUCCUUCUCUCUGGGACACCUUUCCAGAACAAUUUUAUGGAACUUUACAAUAUUUUGUGUUUAAUGAAACCAUCCUUUCCUGACAGCAUACCCCAAGAACUCAAGAAGUUUUGUCAAAGUAGACUAAUGCAUGACAGACAAGCUUCAAAAGAUGUGAAUUGGGAACCCGCUACUUCUGGAAAUCCAGCUGAUGAGAAAAUAAACCAGCUAAAAAUGCUGAUGACUCCCUUUGUUAAUGUUCACAAAGGUAGCAUUCUUCAGAAGAACCUUCCUGGCUUGAGAGAUUGUGUGCUGGUUUUGCAGCCAGAUGGUUUCCAGCAACAAAUGUUGGAGAGCAUUGAAUGUUCUCAAAAUGGACUGAACUUUGAACACAAGUUGGCCUUGGUCUCAGUCCAUCCAUCCCUUUUCCUCAACUGCUCUCUGUCAGAAAAAGAAGAAGCUGUCAUUGACAAGGAUCGGUUGGAAAAGCUUAGGCCAAAACCUUAUGGAGGGGUGAAAACCAAGUUUUUGAUGGAGUUUGUAAAACUUUGUGAUGCAGUUGAUGAGAAAGUCCUUGUUUUCAGCCAAUUCAUUGAUACCUUGUGCUUAAUUAAGGAGCAUCUUGAAUCCACCUUUAAUUGGUCUGUGGGCACGGAAGUGUUGUAUAUGUAUGGCAAGGUUGACCAAAAGCAAAAACAGUCCCUCAUUCAUAGCUUCAAUGAUGCAAAUAGCCAAGCAAAGGUGUUGCUUGCUUCUAUAAAAGCAUGUUCUGAAGGCAUUAACUUAACUGGAGCUUCAAGGGUUGUGCUUGUUGAUGUUGUUUGGAACCCCUCAGUUGAAAGGCAAGCUAUUUGCCGUGCAUAUAGACUAGGGCAAAAGAGGGUUGUUUACACUUACCAUCUUCUUGCACAGGACACCCCUGAAUUCACCAAGUAUUGUAAACAAGCACAAAAGGACCGGUUAUCUGAACUGGUUUUCUCAAAUAAAAAUGCUGAAAGUGAUAAGGUCAAGAGUUGUGGAGUAGAGUUUGAGGAUAAGGUUCUUGAUAUCAUGCUUCAGCAUAAAAAUCUUAAGGACAUGUUUGCUGAAUGUUUGCUACAACCAAAGGACAGAGAUUUGGAAACUGGCCCCCUAAUGCUCUGA